ACAUUACGGAUAUAAAUAAAGAUUUAUUGAUAGAUAAUAUUAUGGGAUCUUUGUCUUCUGAUAAUACAUCAGCUCUUGUGAGCCAGCAUAAUGACCCACCUUUCAAUAGUGAGCAAAAUGAAAUAUCUUGGAAAAAGGAAGAAAAUGUUAUUAAUGAAGAUAAAGAAAAUUUAAUUGUGAAAUAUAAUCCUAACUUAAAAACUUGUGAAGACAUUACGGAUAUAAAUAAAGAUUUAUUGAUAGAUAAUAUUAUGGGAUCUUUAUCUUCAGAUAAUACAUCAGCUCUUGUGAGCCAGCAAAAUGACCCACCUUUCAAUAAUUUAUUGGUAGAAAAUAUUAUGGGAUCUUUGGCUUCUAAUAAUACAUCAGCUCAUGUAAACCAGCAUAAUGACCCACCUUUUAGUAAUGAAAUAAAGCGAAAUAAAAUAUCUUGGAAAAAGGAAGAUAAAGAAAACUUAUUUGUGAAAUGUAAUCCUAAUUUAAAAACUUGUGAAGAUAUUAGGGAUAUAAAUAUAGAUUUAUUGGUAAAAAAUAUUAUGGAAUCUUUGGCUUCUAAUAAUACAUCAGCUCAUAUGAACCAGCAUAAUGACCCACCUUUUAAUAUUAGGGAUAUAAAUAUAGAUUUAUUGGUAGAAAAUAUUAUGGAAUCUUUGGCUUCUAAUAAUACAUCAACUCUUGUUGACCCACCUUUCAAUAAUGAAAUAAAGUCAAAUAAAAUAUAUUGGAAAAAGGAUGAAAUUGAAAUCUUACUUGCAUUUUUGAUAACAAAUAAAGAAAUGAUCAAACAGCUAAAUUCACGUGGUUCAAUGGCUAAUAAAGUUAAAAAGGUUCUCUGGAAUUGUGCUUCUACUCAACUUGAGGGCAAAUAUUCUGCCGCACAAUGUGAGAUCAAAUGGAAAAAUAUUAAAAUGGAUUUCAAAAAGAAUCCAAUAUAUAAAUAUAAGACGAAGGUUGAAGUAAUUAUUGGUAUAAGGUCAAGGUUGGUUCAAAAAGAGUAUUUUGAUAAUUUGUAUUCCGCAUAUUCUAAACAAUUUAUAAUAAAUUAUUAG